UCAGGCCUUUCUUGGAAUUUUUUAGUUUUUUCAAAAUCUUUAGAUACUAUUCAGACUUAUUAGGUAUUUCCUGUUUCAUAAUCGUCAGUUGGUUCAAUUCCUUCGGGCAAUGCAAAUGCUUCUUUCUCGGCUGCGUUGCAGGUUUUCUAAAUUAUGCAGAUUUUCCAGAUAAGAAAAUGAACGCUAUUGUCUGCACUUUGUCCGUCUGUCCCUCUGUCUGACUGUCUGUACCACUACUAGUCAUCUAGUUUAAGCUUCUUCGUUGUGGUUCUCAUACUGUGUGGCACAGUCCCGAGGUAAGAACGAGAAAAGAUUUUUUGGAUUAUUCACUUCACUUCCAAGCUAUUACUAAUUCUGUGCGGGGAAAAUGCAGUUUUUAGAACAUUUUCACCUUUUACCAUACGUUCAUGAACAUGACACUGUAAAAACCUACUAGACUAGAUGGUGCUACUCUCACUAUUUUUGAUAUUUUUCAAUACUCAUCAUCCCCAUCCCCUCCUUGCACAUUUUUCCACUAUCCUCCCGCCUUCUACCCGCCUUCAUUCCCCCUUUCUUCACCUUUCGGAUCUUCUGAUCCUUCGCACCCUCCAUUGAUCCUUUAGACACUAUUAGGUACCAAUUUUAGAACUCUUAGAGAUACAGAUUCUUCGGACUUUUCAAGCACCUUUAAGGUUCUUUACACUUCAAAUUUUUCAGAAUUUUGAGGCUAUUCAAACUCAUGAGAUAUUAGUAAUUCUUUUCAUAUUCUGCAGCUUCUCGAUUCAUCCAAAGGUUUCAGAUCUCAAGCUAACUCUGGAGCUUUUCCGGAUUCUUUGAGGUGCAAUAUUUAUUCAUUGAGUUUCUUUCAGAUUGCUUCGUUACUGUAUUGUUUUUUUAACCCUUAAAACUUUUUUAUUCUUCGGAAAAUUUAUGCUCAUUAAAAUUUGUUAGGUUCUUCAGAAACUUGAGACCUUUCAAUCUCCUCGAUUAUCAAUCAAUCAAUCAAUCUUUAUCACCGAAAUGGUAAUACAAUAUACGUCUCUUCUCACCUCGUCCCUCUUCUUCCAGUACAACACUCCUGCUUCUCCCUGUCCUUUCCACGUCCUUCCAAUUCCAUAACAUAAUAUGUUCUAUGUUCUUUUCUUCUUCUCCACAUAUUCUACGUUUCUUUUUUCUCUUUCUCUUUUCAUUUUCAAUCUUUCCUCCAACUCCUCUCCUCCUUUCGGCAUCAGCCCGUCCGUAUCUAUUUCUUUCAUAGUAUUUUUCUCUUUGUUCUUCUCACAUUCUAUUUGCAUCCAUCUCUUAUUUGAACAUUUACUCCAUUAUUUCAAUGCAUUUGAUACCUUAAAUUCGCCCCCAACCCCUUCUGUUCUCUCCUCUCUCCAUUUCCGUUUCCCUGCCCAAAUCGUAUCAUCUUCGACUUUUCCACAUUUAGUACCGUUCCAUUCCUCUCCCAAUACUUCUCCGUUCGCCGUGUCUUAAUACUUUUUCCAUGUCUCUUAUGCAGAGAUUAAAAAUAAGGUUGGGCUAAGUGGGCAUCCCUGUCUUAGUCCAAAACACUUCAGACCCCUCCCCUUCUAUUAUUAUUUUCUCCAUAUAGUUACUGGAUUCUGUCCUUUAACUUCUUUUCACUUUCCAUCAUUUUUCCCUCUCCACUCUGUCAAACGUGUACACCUUUUCGCCCUUGUUUCCAAUUCCUUUUCAACAAAUCUGUAUACUGCAUCGCCUCCCCUGCCCCCUUCUGGAGCCCAUUCGUGUUUCAUCCAACAUCUUCUUCUCUUCCAUUUCUCUUUCUAAUCGUUAUCUCAUCUCCUUCAACUUUCUCUCUUCCAUAGCCUCCUUUUCCCCCUGCUUUCUUGGUCGUCACUUGACAAAAUUUUGUUUCCAUUCCUCUAAUGGUGUUUCCUUCCCACUUGUCCUUUUGUUUACCACCUUUCAAACAUCCUUCUUUGUUUUUAUUUCCCUAAUUUGCUCUUCGUAUUCCUCCAUCUUAUUUUCUGUACAUUUCCUCUUGUUCGUUUUUUUCUCACACUUAUUUGAAUGUUCCUUAUUUCUUUACCAUUCCCCUCCUCCCACUUGUUUGUUUCCACGUGUUUGCUUUUUUGAGAUUCUCAAUUAUAUCAUUAAACUCCUCCUUUGUACUCCCUCCUAUUUCUUAUCCUUGUUCCUUCUAGUAUCCAUCUAUACAGCUCCACCGUGUCUCUUGUCCAUAACUCCCUUCGUAUUUACAUCUUUUUAUUUUUUGAUCUUCUUACCUUCCGUUUUGGACUCAGCUCCAUCGAUCCAUUUUCCAGUAUUUUGUCAUACAGUAUUGUGUAGUCAACUACCGACUUUUCUCCUCCUGCCAUGUAUGUGAAUAACCCAUCUCCCUCCAUAUUUCCGUUCUCCAACCUUCAUUUUUAACAAUUCCAUUCUCCCUCUUUUUCCACACUUUAUCUGUUGAUUUUCUAUAUUAUGUAACUCUUCCCAUCUUUACCCCAUUUAUUUUAAUUCCUGAUCUGACAUUAGAAUCUCCCACCAAAUAUUAGCCCCUCAUCACCAUAUUUUAUAUAAGUAGGUAUUCAUUUUCAUUCUCAUUUUCUUUUCCUCCACUUCCAUUCGUAUCACCUUUCUUCCUCCUCUUUCUUUUCAUCCCCCCAUUCCCUUACCGCUAUCGUACCCCUUUGCUCUUCCCUUUAUACUGUCUCUCUUCGCCAGUGGGUUCUUCCAUAUGUAUGCAUUCGGAAUCCUGUUCUUUAUUUUCUCCCAAUUUUUUUCUUUUAUUCCUGAUUCUGCCAUCCCCACCACAUCAAAUUCUCUUACAAACUCCCAGAAAUGAGAGUCUAUACCAGCUGCCCCUGCUACAUUCGAGAAUAUCAUUUUAUUACUCCCUUUUCCUUCUUCACCUUCGCGUCUAACCCUCUUCUGGCACUUCGCACUUCAAACGCCCUUCAGACACCGUUAAAACUAUUCCAAUUGAUCGCCGUCUUUAAAUUCUUUCAAGUUCAUCAGGUACUCUUCGGAAAUUUUCAAGAGAUUCGUAUUUUUCGAUCGGACUCUUUGGAAUUUUCGCAUUCCUUAGACUCGUCUUAGACCCUCCAGACUCUCACGACACUUAAUAUCCAAUGACUCUUCAGGGAUUCUUCUGCUCUUUAAACUCUUGAGGUUACUCAGAUGUCAGAUCUUUCCGGACACAUUAACCUCACCAGACCCUUCAAAUUCCUCUGGUAUUCAAUUUACUUUUUUCUUCUUCAAUCUUAUCAAAGUACUCAAAUGUUUCAGAUCUUCUCGCAGUCGCUUUAGGAAUUUGAAAAAUGCUCCUCUUUGAUCAACAUGAGCUUGAGCCACUUCAAAUCAACCAGGUGCUGUUAGAUUUCCUCUGUUUUUUCUUCGAUUUUCCUUCGGAUUUCUUCGGUUUUGUUUAGAUUUCUGAAUUUUCCUUGUAUUUAUUUUUUUCGUUUUUUUCCUGAGCUAUUGAGAACUAACAUUUCUACGGUAUUGUGUAACGGUUUUUUAGAUUACAAAAGAAGCCGCAAUACCUUCUAAUCUGUAUUAGUUUAAUGUGAAGUCCAUUUCAUCUUUGUUAAAAAUCCCCCUAGGUCAAGGUUCGUCUUUGUUGGUAUAUAAAGUUUUUUAUCUACGGGAAUUGACAAAUUUUGGCAUACGUUCCGUUCCAAAGCUACACAGUUAGCAGCCUCAGCCUUUCACCAGGUCAAAGAUAUCAAUAUAUAGGUUCGUACUUGCGAUGUUCACAGGGGUCGUGAUUUUACUGGCGAUGUUAUUCUGUGCGAUUAAUUCCGUAACUGUUUUUCUUAAUUUGUUUGUACGUAACGUAACUCGCCUGAACUUCUUCGAAUUUAGUGAUCUUACUGUUACCAAGGAAUUUAAUUUACCGUCGCUAAAGUAUUUGUAUGGAUAUUUCCAAAAACAAACAUUUUACCCAAAAAUCAGGGUGCAUGCAACCACUUAGGUUAUUCACCAAAGAUUGACUAUACUUAAUAAUUAUGCGAUUAAAUCGCCAUUGAAUUUCUCAAAAAUUAUACACCAAUCGGAGCUCGUUAACUGAAUAGCAGUGGAUGCCAAUCAAAAAUUGCAUCAGAAAACCAAAAUGUUAUAUUAUAAACAGCAAAGGAUUGCGUCCGGUUGUAUUUCAGAAUUCUCCACAGACGUGUCUCACGUGACGUAAUUUUUAAGUAAACGUUAAGCACCGUUUAUGAAUUAUUUACCUUCUAAAACGAUAACUGUAUUCGUAGACACUGUGACAGAGAUUUUUUUUUAUCUCGAAAUCGUAGUUAUUUUUAUAACCCACAAUUUGUUGGAAAUGUGGUUCACGCUCUUCGUGGGUUCCCUAAUAUUCCUCUUAUACCAACUCUGGUUAAAGCCACUAAGGCACUGGGAGAAACAAAAUGUGCAGUACGUUGAACCAUGGCCGUUGUUUGGAAACCUUUUUCCGGUGAUUAUGGGGAAACAGUCAACUGCCGAACGGCUACAGGAACUCUACAAUUCAUUCGGCGAUGAAAGAUGCAUCGGAAUCCACCUUUUCACACGUCCACAGUUGAUGCUCAAAAGUCUGAGCCUGGUGCAGCUAAUCGGUGCGAAAGAUGUUUCGUAUUUUGAAUCAAACGCCCACAAAUGGCAGGACUUGGGAGGCAUCUUCGGGGUUAGCAGCAUGCGGUCUAUGUUUAGAUCAGUUUCGGAUCACGCAUCAAAUUUCGUACGACAGUUGCCAGCAGAAGAAAUUGAUUGUCAGGAUGUUUUUCCUCGUCUCGCAACUGACUUACUCGCGUCCGUUACUUUAGGAGUUGUAAACGUCCUCGUGGAUGAGACCAAUGAGUUAUUCGCCGCGACCAGAAAUCUGCUAACGGAUUGCUCCAUUUUUACCAAUCUGAAAGAGCUGCUGAGAUUAGAGCCUCGAUUGGAUUUCUUGGGCGAUGUUAUUAAGAAACAAAUUAGCGAGCGCGAGUCCGUGGCAGCUAACAUGCUUGAGAUGCUGCUCCAGCUCAGAGAUGGUAAAGAGUUGGAGCCCCAUAAGGGGUGCAACUGCAUGGUCGUGUUAUCCGACGAAGAAAUCGUCAACUGCGCCAAGGCACUUCUCCUUGAGGGUAUCCAAACCACAUCCUCACUAAUGUGCGCAAUUAGCUGUGAGCUGGCGAUUAACACAAAUGAGCAACAGAAGCUUCUACGGGAAAUUGAUGACACGUUACAAGGGUGCAAUGGUGCAAUUACCUACGACAAGCUUGUGGACAUGAAGUAUUUAGAUAUGGUCGUUUCUGAAUCACUGCGUAAGUGGCCGCCCAAAGACACGCUGAAAAAGAUAUGCGGGAGUGACUACACAGUUCGAACGGAAGAGGGCGACAUUGCAGUAGUGCUCGAAAAAGGAUCGAGCGUAAUUAUUCCAGUGUACGCAAUUCAUCGGGACCCCAAGUACUUUUCAUGUCCUGGAAAAUUUGAUCCCGAAAGGUUUAGUGACGAAAACAAGUGCAACAUUGUUCCAUUUUCAUACAUGCCGUUUGGAGUUGGUCGUGAGAGUUGUAUUGCCCCUCGACUAGCACUUCUGGUAACGAAGAUUGUCUUCUUCCACCUGCUGUCCCAAUUUGAAUUAAGGGUUGUGGAUAAGACAACCAUGCCAAUGAUGUACAUGAAUCCGUUUUCCAAGUCACGUGAACACUGCCAUAUCGGUCUUAAAAAAAGAAAGUAACACAGCCGUAAUCUAUACCGAUGAAUGUUGCAACAACGUUUUUAAAUAGAAAA